AUGCUUUGCCUCUCUCGACGUUCAAAGCCCUUGACGUCUGGCAACCCACUUUUUGCAGCCAACCCGGCAAGACACCCGCACACCUCGACGCGCCUCAGCCAAGCCAUGGCGCAUCUCGCCAGCUCCUGGCCUAAAGGCGAGCAUACGCUGCAGUCACUGCCCAAGUCGAAUGUUUUCACCCAGAAUCUGCCUCCAGACGCCGCCUUCCCCACUCCAGAAGACUCGCACCAAGCGCCCCGACAGACACUUGGGCCGCGCAUGGUCAAGGAGGCGCUGUACACAUACGUGAGGCCAGACCCUCAGGGAGAACCGGAGCUCCUAGGUGUUAGUCAGCGCGCGCUGCAGGAUCUUGGACUGAAGGAGGAGGAGGCGCAGACGGAAGAGUUCAAGCAGCUGGUCGCUGGCACCAAGAUCCUCACAUGGAACGCGGAGAAGCCCGACGAGGGCAUCUAUCCCUGGGCGCAAUGCUACGGCGGCUACCAAUUCGGGCAGUGGGCCGGACAGCUAGGUGACGGGCGAGCCAUCUCGCUGUUCGAAGCUACCAACCCAGCGACCAACACGCGCUACGAGAUCCAGCUCAAGGGCGCUGGACGCACGCCGUACUCGCGAUUUGCCGACGGAAGAGCUGUGCUGCGCUCAUCCAUCCGUGAAUUCGUCGUCUCAGAGUACCUCCAUGCGAUUGGCAUUCCUUCGACACGAGCGCUCGCGCUUACCUUGAACAAAGGCACCAAGAUCAUGCGCGAGCGAUCCGAGCCCGGCGCAAUCGUCACACGUUUCGCGCAGAGCUGGAUUCGAUUCGGAACGUUCGACCUCCAACGUAUGCGCGGCGAUCGUGAGACACUACGCACGUUGGCCGACUACACGGCCGAGCAUGUCUACAGCGGAUGGGACAAGCUGCCUUCGAAGCUGCCCGCUGGUGACGCAAAGACCACGCACACCGAUACCAAGACGGGCGUUGCAAAAGAUAGCAUCGAGGGCGAGGGCCUCGAGGAGGGGAACCGCUACACACGUCUUUACCGCGCUGUCAUUCGCAACAACGCUGCUACAGUCGCCAAGUGGCAAGCGUACGGCUUCAUGAACGGCGUGCUCAACACUGACAACACAUCCAUCCUCGGUCUGAGCAUCGACUUUGGGCCCUUUGCCUUCCUCGAUACUUUCGAUCCAACAUACACACCUAACCACGACGACCACGCACUGCGCUACAGCUACCGCAACCAGCCAACCAUCAUCUGGUGGAAUCUCGUCCGUCUAGGAGAGGCUUUGGGCGAGCUGAUGGGCGCAGGCUCCAACGUGGACACUGCCGAGUUUGUAGACAAGGGCGUCAGUGAAGCCGACUCUGGAGAUCUAGUCAAGCGCGCAGAAGGCAUCAUCGAGCGGGCUGGCGAGGAGUACAAGGCCGUGUUUUUAUCCGAAUACAAGCGUCUCAUGACGGCGCGUCUCGGACUGAAGUCACAACAAGACAGCGACUUCGAUUCGCUGUUCUCGGAAUUGCUUGACAUUCUUCAGUUAUAUGAGUUGGACUUCCACCAUGCGUUCCGCAGACUCUCAAGUUUGAGCCAGAAGGGGUUGGACGAAGAGUCGAACAGGAAGAACGCAGCAGACAUCUUCUUCCGUAACGACAACUUGCCAAAACAUAAUGCAGACUCGCGGAUUCGUAUUGCCAAGUGGCUCGAGAAGUGGUCGGCGCGAGUCAAGGAGGAUUGGGGUGAGGAUGACAGUGGGCGACAAGAGGCUAUGAUGGCUGUCAACCCAAACGUAAGCACCUCUCUGUUUGAAUUUAUAUUCUGCGCUGAUUUUGUUUGCAGUUUGUUCCUCGAUCAUGGAUCCUUGACGAGCUGAUUGACCGCGUGGAGAAGAAGGGCGAGCGUGAGAUCUUGACACAGCUCAUGAAGCUGAACCUCGAUCCUUUCUCAGAGGAGUGGGGGUGGGACGCGGAGGAAGAGCAGAGGUUUGUCGGCGAUGUACCGAAGUUCAAGGGUAUGAUGCAGUGUAGCUGUAGUUCGUAG